AUGCUCAAGUCCAACAAGUGGGAGGACAGAGUAAAGGCCGCAACAGCAUUUUACAAGGAGUUGGCCAUUAAGGAUCACUCAACAGAGUUGUACGCAUUGUUGAGCCCAAGUGCUGCUGGUGGUUUCAAUCUGGAGAAUAUCAUCUACACCGCAUUCAUUGGUGCCGUGUAUUGUAUACCAGAGGUUGGUAACUUUGCCGCUUUGGCCAUGUCCACUAUAUGGUCAAUCAUGACUGAGGUGAGCAAGAAGGAAAGCAACACCUCAGAGUUGGUCGUCGCUUUCAAGAAGCAGAUCCAAUCCAUGGUCGACUCGACCAUCACUACCUAUGACUCCGAGUCCCUCAUUGCCAUCUACAAGACUUGCACGACCCAGAUUGUCAAGUACUCGUCCGACCUCAGGAAUCUCAAGACUGAGCCCGCCAACACCAAGCUCAGAACCGAGGUGAGAGAGACUGUCAAGUUGGCACUGAACAACUUGCAACAGGGUCUGGACUUGGCCUCAAAGUCGACUUAUGCAGUGAGCGAGCUGUACAUGUAUGCGAUGAUGGCCAACACCAGAUUGUUGCUUCUCCGUGAUCUGUGCGCCAAUGGCAAGAAAUGGGACAUCGCCGGCAAGACCAUCAAGACCAGCUACAAGACCGAGUUGAAGAAGUGUAUCAAGGACUAUGGUGAGUGGUGCGCCACCACCUACACCACAGGUUACAACAAGAUCAAAACCGACAACACCGAUGAUGUCAACUGCUUCAACAAGUUGCAACGCUACCGCACAUUCAUGAUCACCCAAGUCUUUGACAUGGCUUCGAUGUGGCCAUUCCUUGACAUCUUCCAGUUCCCAAAGGGAAUCGUCAAGCUUGAUCGUUCGCGUAUGUUGCUGAGUGACACAGUCGGCUGUCCAGUCAACCUGAUGGUGGCCACCGACAACAAGGGCUACUACUCUGACACGUGCACCUCCCUCGAGAGCAAGCUCGCCAUUGGCAAGUUCUACUUGUGGCGCGGCGAGCACGAGUACCUCUACGUGAGCAAGGAUGAGAACGACUUCCGCUUUGUCACACUCUGCAACACAUUCAUUGACAGGUUAACCGACAAGUCUCGUCGUGAUGUCGCCGUGUCCGGUCCAACCGCAGUCAAGGAUGAAGUCCAUGUUGGCUCCAGCGCCUCUGCCGACGAGACCAUCACCAUUGUCUACGACAUCAUCCCACGUGCCUUCAAACUCAGUGUCGCCGGAGACAUCUCCUGUACCAGCUAUGACGCCCAGACCUACGUCACCAAGUACCAUGCCGAGGAGUCAUGGCAUCAACGCCAGGCUGAGUACACCUUCCCCAACAUCGACCCCUCCAACAAGUACUACGACUUGACCGACUCAAGCUUCCAUUCGGGCAAGGAUGGCCAGCUUGCCUACCUCAAGUCUCUUAAAUACGAGGCGUGCUCUUCAACCUCCUUCACUCAAUCAGCGCACGUGAUCCAAGCCGUCUGGUCAUGGGGAACCAACUAUGAUCCAAAUGUCCGCAAGGCAGGCACCGUCGACUCAGCCUUUGUCGUGUUCCAACCAGUGGAGUUGGUGUCAACCAACUACAUCUCGCAGAAGGCACCAGGACAUGUGUUUGACCCAAUCAAGUACGUUCAGAUGGAGGGAACCACGUCGAUGGUCCAAGAACACUUUGGUCCAGGUGGCGCAGCAAUGUUGUUCAGCGAUUCGAACUCUGCCGCACGUUUCCGUCUCACUCCCGCCGGAUGGGCUGAAGGCAAGACCAUCAAGUAUGCACUCCAGUUGCUGAUUGAAUGUGCUGGCCCAGUCACACUGUUCUUUGAGUCCACUGCCAAGGUCGGCGUCACCAAGACCAUCCCAUUGACUGAGGCCACUAAAGGAGUGAAGCUUGUUGGAAAGCAGAUCUGCACAUUCAAGAUGACCGCUGGCACUGCCGUAGACAUCCACAUUGGAAGCAAGGGUCCAACACCAGUAUACAUCCGCAGCAUCAUUGUCAACAAGGCAUUGGUCACUGCUGCCUAA